AUGGCGCCCCGCCGAGGCAAGGGCUCUCCCGACAGCGCCAAACCACAACAGACGCCCGAGAAGGAGCCUCAACCGAAGCCGGAGGAAUCACCAUCAAAGGACAAGGGCAUCGACACAGAGUUCGUGGCCAAGAUUGAAGGAGGCACCAUGUGGUUGCUUGCGCUCAACGAGAUGCAACGCAAAGAAUAUGAGGCAGAACAGCGUGCCAAGGAGCGAGAACAGCGAGAAGUGCAGAUUCAGCAGGGUACCUUCACUCUCUGUUAUGCUUCGCUCAAGAUUUUGGAAGAGAUCAAGAGCGGGAAGAUCCUGCAGCUGUCGAGCAGCCCAGAGAUAGCCUCUUCUCCCAAGGCCGUCGCCAGUUCACCCGACGACGACGAAACCGCCGCGACGGAGCCCGCGCACGAGUUGAGUCAGUCGAAGGAAAGAGAGAAUGCGGCGGAAAAGAGUUCAACGCCAGCGAACAGCCGGAUCAACCUCGACGCGAACGAGGACAUAACGACGGACGAGUUCACGGUUGAGGUUGGAGGCCAGUUGCGAAUUCUGCUCGUCUCCAAGCGCUACGUCGUCGAGGCCGACGUCACCACGGGAAGGGACGUGGUGUCUCACCAAGCCAAAUACAUCACCUCAGUCAAGAGUGUCUCAAUGGGUGGCCGUCCGGCGGUUCACGUCGAAUACUCUCCACCUCGCGCCGGCACCGAAACAAGAACCGAAGUCAAGGACACCGCCACCUACAUCCUUGACGACGAAGAGGAACGAGAACAGCUGUUGACGCUGUUGCAAGCGUUCCUGGCUCAGAACAGCCAGGCGCGAGUGCAGUGUAUGCGAUGCCUCAAGAUCUACGAUCGCCUUGCGGGCAUGCAGGCUUGUCGGUCGUGCGGCAGCACGUACGUGGUUCACUACGAGGAGGAGAAGAAGAAGUCGAAGACGCCGCCGGCUUCCACCUCGCCGCAGCCGUCCACCAGCGCACCCGCCGAUGCCCUCAAGGUUACGAUAAUGAGCGGAGACACAGAGACAAGCAGGCGCGGAGAAGUCGUGAUGAAGGCCUCCACCAGAGAAGACUUUUCAAGCGACACCAUGGACGUCAACCUGCAGCUCCACCUUCGGCUCACCUUCUUCAGGGGAGGCGCGGCCGAGCAGCUGGUUUACUUCUUCACGUCGGUGUAUCUGCCCUACGGCGCCAAGACCAGCGAAGAGGCGAUCGGUCACCUUCUCAUCACGACGCAAAACAUGUACAUCCUGCAACGUAAGCGACGACCGACCGAAACGGAUCCAGGCUUUGCUCUGGUGGCCGAGUACCGACUCUCGCAAAUCCGACGCGUGGUCAUCGGACUCUUCUACCAACACUUCCGGGUGGAGAUCGACGAGAAGCAGGCGUUCGUGUUCUUGUCCAAGGAACACGCACGAACACACGCCUUCAUCGACCUCCUCUUGCAAACUAUCCUGGAUUCGGACGGUGUCGGCGGUGAACCGAUUGAGGCGGUGCACUACAAUUCCGAGACGCUGGGAAACAUGCAGACGCAGCUCUUCUACCGUUUCCCCUCCAAGGCGCUGCAGGUCUACGUCCUCCUGUACCAGAAGAUGCCCGCGGCUCGCCCCAAGAGCAUGCUCCUUGGCUCCACCCUCAGCGCCGCCCGCGAUAUGGGAGGACUCGUCACGCGGGCAAUGAUCAUCACCAGCACACACAUCAUCCUCGCCACGGAGGACUACAGCAGAUGGCCGGCGCUGCACUAUCCCUCCGUCAAGCCGCCGUCCUCGCCUCAGUUCGAGAUCUCCUCGGCGCACGAGAUAUCCGAGCUGGUCUCGCUAGAGCUCGAUGCACAAGACACCACCGAAUUCAAGGUCGUCUUUGAGAAGGAGAGCACCGGCGCAAAGACCACCAUCCAGCUCAAGACAGAGCACGCGGAGGAGCGAUCCAAGCUCACCAACUCGCUGGCCAAGUUGUGGGAGGCGAUGUUCAAGCUACCCCUCAGCCUCAAGUACUACAACAUCCCCAACUAA